AUGGAUACAAAAAAACUUCGAAAGGAACGAAAGCCAACAGAUUUGAAUGAUAAAGAAUUAAACAUGAUUCAAAAUUCGUCACAUUUAAGUGCUAAAGAAAUUCAAUUAUGGCAUUCCGCCUUUAUUAGUAAACAUCCAACAGGUAAAUUGGAUAAAGAUACAUUCAUAGCAACAUUUAAACAACUUUUUCCUGAAAGUUCUAAAAAUUUAACAUCCAAUUUAUUUGAUAUUAUUGAUAUAAAUCAUGAUGGUACUAUUGAUUUUAAUGAAUUUCUUUUUCUUGCUGCUGUUGGUACUAACACUGGAAAUGUAGACGAACGACUUGAUAUAAUCUUCAAUUUAUGGGAUAUUUCUCAUGAUGGACUUUUAGAUGUAAAUGAAUUAGCUCAACUUAUUUCGGCUAUGUAUGAUCGUACUGGUGAAAAAGAUCGUCAAGGUGAUAAAAAUCCAAUACAUCGAGCUAAAGAAAUAAUAAAAAAACUUGAUGUAAGUGGUGAUAAGAAAUUAAACAAACAAGAAUUUAUCAAUGGAUUGAAACAUGAUGAAGCUGAAUUUGUUAUUACAAGUUGUAAUAUUAGUCGAAAUAAAUCAAUUCAUAUUGGAAAACAGCUUGUACCUUUUCUUAAUACUUGUAUGCCUCACUUGCAAACAUUACGUCUUCGAAGACCAGAUGAUUUUCCUUGGACAACGAAUGAACAUGUAAAAAUUUUUGAACAAGAUCUUUCUCAAUUAGUUGAACAAUUAAAACAAUUUGUUUUUCUUGAUAUUUAUGGAGAAAUUUUUCAAGAAAAAGUUGAACCAUAUCAUUUAAUGAUUCAAUCUGGUUUUCCAAAAUUGUCAAUUUGA